AUGUCCGCACCUUCGAGGCAUCAAGACCAAGUUAACAAUUCCCAGGCGGAGAGCAGUCAAUGGGAUGGCUUCUCACCCUCCAUGGCCCUUGACGAUGCAAUAAUUGCCUCUGUGAUUAACGACUUCACGGAAGGUGACUUCGACUGUUCAUCUUCCCGUUUUGGAGCAAACCCUGCCUCGACGACGGGUGAACGGCCAAAAUCGAUGGAUAUCUGUGAGAAUCAAAGUUCCCAAAAUAAUUUUUUCAAUGAAAGCUUCUUGUCCUCGCCGAGCAACCACAGCGCGACACUGGGAAACCUGGGAGCAUGUGCGGAAGCCGAGCGCGCGGUGAACGCAUUUACGGAGCGGUUGACAGGAACCACCACCAAUCUAAUUGCUAUAACCCAAAGCCUCAACUUGAAGGUCGAAAACCUGUCAGAGAAGAUUGAUGACCUACACAAAAAGAUUGGAUGUGCAUCCAAUCAGAUUGAGAGAUUGAAUGCUGUUUGGGAGACUGUCCUAGCGCGUGAAAACAAGGUGAUGGAAAGCUUCGGCGACCUGGCUAGUCGAUUUUUCCCUAAGUAG